CAAGCAACCCAUGUGCUCACAUGCCACAUCGAGACCAGAAACAUAGAAGAAAGAAGAAGGAAGAGAGAGAGAGAGAGAAGCAAACACUAAGCUUAGAUUCUAGAGAGAGAAAGGAGAGUCUUAGAGAGGGGGAGAGAAUGAAGGAAAGCGGAGGUGAUGGGUUUGUGAGAGCUGACCAAAUUGAUCUCAAGAGCUUGGAUGAGCAACUAGAAAGGCAUCUCACAAGAGCUUAUACGCUUGAGAAGAAGAAGAAGCAGGAUGAAGAGAGGCAAAGAGAGGAGUGGGAGAUUGAUCCUUCGAAGCUCAUCAUCAAGACCGCCAUUGCCAGAGGAACUUUUGGUACUGUUCAUCGUGGGGUCUAUGAUGGGCAAGAUGUCGCAGUGAAGUUACUUGACUGGGGGGAAGAAGGUACCAGGACUGAAGCUGAAAUUGCUUCUCUUCGGUCAGCAUUCUCUCAGGAAGUUGCCGUUUGGCACAAGCUUGAUCACCCAAAUGUCACAAAGUUUAUUGGGGCUACAAUGGGUGCAACUGGUCUAACAAUUCAAACAGAAAAUGGUCUUCUCGGGAUGCCAACUAGUGUUUGCUGCGUGGUUGUGGAGUACCUUGCGGGGGGUACAUUAAAAACAUAUCUUAUAAAGAAUCGGAGAAGGAAACUAGCAUUCAAAGUUGUGGUCCAGUUGGCUCUUGAUCUUGCAAAGGGGUUGAGUUAUCUUCAUUCAAAAAAAAUUGUGCAUCGAGAUGUGAAGACGGAGAAUAUGCUUCUGGAUAAAACGAGAACUGUAAAAAUUGCUGACUUUGGGGUUGCUCGUGUAGAGGCACAGAAUCCAAAUGAUAUGACCGGCGAGACAGGAACUCUUGGUUACAUGGCGCCUGAGGUACUAAAUGGAAACCCCUACAACAGAAAAUGUGAUGUCUACAGCUUCGGUAUUUGUCUCUGGGAGAUAUAUUGUUGUGAUAUGCCAUAUCCUGAUCUCAGCUUCUCCGAGGUCACUUCUGCUGUCGUUCGACAGAAUUUGAGACCUGAGAUCCCUAGGUGCUGCCCGAGCUCUCUAGCAAAUGUCAUGAAGAGAUGCUGGGAUGCGAAUCCUGAUAAGAGGCCAGAAAUGGACGAAGUGGUUUCAAUGAUCGAGGUGAUCGAUACCUCCAAAGGCGGAGGAAUGAUCCCUGUUGAUCAAAGAAGGGGGUGUUUGUGGUUAUUGGGAAAGCGCCGAGGCCCUUAAUUGUUACAGAGAUUCCUAGCAGUUGAAGGUUUACAAGUUCGGUGACCGACCUGUUCCUGAAGAAUUUCAGCUGAGACGGUGUUGUGGCGCUUGGGGUCGAAUUGGCAAGUCACUAUUUUAUGUAAAGAUUUUCUUUUGAGGUUUUAUGUUUGGUUAGAUAAUUGAUAGGACUUCCUAAUGUAAUGGAGAUGAUUGUUAUUGAUUAUAUGGUAUGAUGUUUGUUUAAUUGCUUUGUGGAUAUGGUUGUUAUUGAUUAUAUGGUGUAAUGUUUUGCA